AUGGAGUAACAUUUUCUAUUGUUCGGAAUCGUUUUGUUUGACUAACAGUAAAGCCGAAAUUUCACAACGCAAAUUGUUAAGCUAUUGACGUGACGCACAACUUAUUUGAUUCGACGACCUGCGUAAAUUUGUCUAAAUCGACUGGAAUCAUGAAGAUAUCGGAGGGGACGGUACAUGUCCAUUACAAUUUUUAUUCUCGAUCCGGAUUCUCUUUUCGAGAAAAUGAAUUACUUCCGGAUCCAUAUCGUGGAGUGGACUUGCAUCAUAUUCAACGACCACGCAUUUUGCAGAAUCGGCGAAUGCUGCAAAAUUGUCAGCGUAUUCUUCAGAGUCCAUAUCGACAGUUAGGUCUUUAUCAGUUAGAAAAUACACUACAGCAAGAGCGUUUACUUCGUUGGGAAAACUCAUCGCGCGAGAAUCCAUAUAGACAAGAGAUACCACAUCAGAGAGAAACUCCACAUCAGCAAGAAACUCCACUUCGACGAGAAAGUCCCAAUCGACGAGAUAUUCCACAUCGACGAGCAAGUCCACAUCGACGAGCAAGUCCACAUCGACGAGCAAGUCCACAUCGACGAGCAAGUCCACAUCGACGAGGAAGUCCACAUCGACGAGCAAGUCCACAUCGACAAGAAAGUCCACAACAGCGGGACCGUUUUUUUCGGCGACAAAGUCCACAUUGUCAACGGAGUCCAUAUCGACAAGACUUUCUACAACAGCUUGAGACGCUACAACUAUCUGAAACUUCAGAGCGACUAGAGAGUCCACACAGCCAUUGGAACCCAUUCGAACGUGAGUCGGUAAGCCCGCUAAGACAUUAUAGGACUGAUCGCAGCCCAUUCCAACGGAACUCUAUCAGUCGUGAGCGUUCGCUAACUCCACUUAUUCGGCUGAGUCCACAACGGAGUGAUAAUGAACGGGAGGGAAGUCUAAGCCGCCGACAAUAUACUCCGACUCGACAACAGUUCUUCCGACGUCACCUGAAUCCAUUCCGACGUAACUCUGUCAGUCAUGAGCGUUCGCUAACUCCACUGAUUCGGCGGAGUCCAGAACGGAGUGAUAAUGAACGGGAGGAGAGUCUAAGCCGCCGACAAUAUACUCCGACUCGACAAAAGUUUUUCCGACGUCAUCUGAACCCAUUCCGACGUAACUCUAUCAGCCAUGAGCGUGCGCUAACUCCCCGUGUUCGACGGAGCGAUGGUGAUCGAGAGCAGAGUAUAAGCCGCCGACAACACACACCGACUCGAGAAUUUCGUCGACAAAAGUACUUUCGAAGAAAUCUGAACCCAUUCCGACGUAACUCUAUCAGUCAUGAGCGUUCCGUAACUCCACGUAUUCGACAAAGUCCGCAACGGAGCGAUAACGAACGAGAGCUAAGCAUAAGUCGCCGACUUGGCACUCCACCUCGCUGGUAUUGUCGACAAACAAACGUUUCACGUCCACGCAACCGUCGAUUGCUAAUUCGUCGUCCACACAAGAGUCAACUUUUGGCUUACUCAAGCAGAAUCAGAAAAUUGAGAAUACUACGCAGAAACGCAUCCAAAGCACUGUUCAAGAGUCUAAGCGGCGAAAUCCAAGCACUGACAAAAUUGUCGCGGGCAGUUCGGGGUUUACCGCUUAAUCGGAAGAAAUAUAAGAUGAAAACAGCAGUACGAUGCCAGGAAUCGGUGCAAUAUACCCCAGUCGUAGAAUCAGCCGACGAAGCUUGUUUAGAUGAGCCGGAUGCAUUUGAAUUUCUGGAUUAAAUUGGAACGACAGGUUCAUUCCAUCAGAAUUCAAAAUAAAUUCAAUGAAACACGAGCGUUUCCAAUGAAA